CCCCCUCGCUUCAUCCCGCCGCCGCAGAUCUCGCGGUAGCUCGUGAAUCGCACUGUCAUGGCUGCCGAAGGAGUCGCGGUGUUUUUAAGUUGCUGAAAUUUUCUCUUGAAUUGUGUGAAACAUGAGGAGGUUUGUUUUUUGUGUUUUUUUUAAAGACGGGGCAAGCGGCAACACGACACCAAAUACACGCCUAAUAAGGAAUACAGACAGAGAGAGAAAGAGACAGAAAGAUAUAUAAGCGACUUGACAGAAACAAAAAGGUAGGGUAAACAUUGAAGGAGAGGAUGCGAGGAGCGGUAUUAUUUACAUGUAAGAUAUUGAAUUUCAAACUAAACGUGUGAGACGCGUUCAAUAACAACAGCAGAGUGACUGGGGAAACUGGGGCUGGCCUCGUAUAAAGCCUACGUGUUUUUGUAUUCAGUUAUAUAUAUAUAAAGUACAUACUGUAUCUACACAAAUAUAAACACAAAUAGUACAAUACUGUACCAGUGUGCUGAGCAAGUUGACAGCUCACCUCACACACACACAGAGAGAGAGACAGAGAGAGAGGAGAGACACACAGAGAGAGAAAGAGAGACACACAGAGAGAGAAAGAGACAGAGAGAGAGGAGAGAAAAAGAGAGAGGAGAGACAAAGAGAGAGAGACACAGAGAGAGAAAGAGAGAGAGAGACACAGAGAGAGAAAGAGAGAGAGAGACACACAGAGAGAAAGAGAGAGAGAGACACAGAGAGAGAAAGAGAGAGAGACACACACAGAGAGAAAGAGAGAGAGAGACACAGAGAGAGAAAGAGAGAGAGAGACACACAGAGAGAAAGAGAGAGAGCGCUGACAGCAGCUGCUGCCAUGGCAACGGUAGCAGCGGUGUCAGAACCAAUCAGAGAGGCCGACCCGGAGACUGAGGAGUCCCAACCCGCCACCCCUCCUACGCAAGCAGAACCAGAACCAGGACCGGGGGAAGGGGGCGAGCCGGCCCUCAAAGUCCCGCGCGUCUCAAACGGGGGUCCGGAAGCGGCCCCACCUUCUGGGGAAAGCUCUGCCGGGCCAGCGGUUUCCAUCCCGGAACCGCAGGUGGGCUCGGAUGCCGGGCUCUCCGGAGUGACCCGGGCUUCAGAGGAAGGGAGUCUGGAUCAGGCUGCUGCAGAGCUGAGCGGGGGAGAGGAGGAGAGAGGAGGAGGAGGAGGAGGAGGAGGAGGAGGGGCGGCCGCCGCCUGCGAGGAGGUGGGAGUCGACAUGCAGUGCGAGACACAGGGGAGCCAGGACGACCUCGGUUUGGAUUUUACCCAUGAUCCCACGCUGUUGACGGGAGCCUGGGCCGAAUAUUCUGGAAUGACGGAAAACUUUCUCAAGGGCUGCAAAUGUGAUAAAAACUCCACAGCCCGGACUGUGAGGGGCUCCCCCGAAAUGACCCCUGUGUUGCGGAUGGCGGAGGGAGAUACAGUGUAUGACUAUUGCUGGUAUCCACUCAUGUCUUCCAUGGAGCCGGAGACAUGCUUCAUCGCCAGCAGCAGCCGGGACAACCCCAUCCACAUCUGGGACGCCUUCUACGGUGACCUCCGAGCGACCUUCCGUCCCUACAACCACCUGGACGAGCUCUCUGCAGCUCACUCGCUGUGCUUCUCCCCCGACGGAGCCCAGCUGUUCUGCGGCUUCGACAGGAUGGUGCGCGUGUUCCAGACCUGCAGACCCGGCCGCGACUGUGAGAAGAGACCCACGAUGGUGCAGAAGCAGGGGCAGAGCGGGAUCAUCUCCUGCAUUGCGUUCAGCCCGGCUCAGGACCUCUAUGCCUGCGGCUCCUAUUCCCGGACGGUGGGUCUGUACUCGCGGGCGGAGGGGCUCCCCAUCGCAGUGCUGCAGGGGCACCAGGGGGGGCUCACUCACCUGCGCUUCUCCCCCGACGGCACGCUGCUCUACAGCGGGGGCAGGAAGGACCCCGAGAUCCUGUGCUGGGACCUGCGUGAGCCGGGCAGGGUGCUGUUCUCCAUGCGGAGAGCCGUCUCCACCAACCAGAGGAUGUACUUCGACCUGGAGCCGUCGGGUCAGUAUCUGCUGAGUGGGGAUACUGAAGGGGUCGUGUCAGUUUGGGACACCUCUCUACCGCCCUCCGAAGGGAAGGACCCGGUACUGCAGCCCGUACUACAGUUCCAAGCACAGAAAGACUGCGUCAACGGGAUCAGCCUGCACCCCCUGAUGCCCCUGCUGGCCUGCUCCUCCGGGCAGCGGCAGCUCCCUGAGCCCUGCGAGAGCGGGGACGAGUCGGACGAGGCCGGGGGCCUCAUGACGCUGCGCAACGUCCAGGGAGAGAACUCGCUGACCCUCCUCUGGGCUGGACCAACAGCACAGCAAACCGGGGGGGAGAUAACUGGCUGACACUCCGCUGGGCUGGACCAACAGCACAGCAAACCACAAGGGGGAAGAUAACUCACUGACACUCUGCUGGGCUGGACCAACAGCACAGCAAACCGGGGGGGAGAUAACUGGCUGACCCUCCUCUGGACGAUGCGAAACUUGUCCCCAGCUGUAUGGUGACAGUUCUUCAGAGCACCCCACGCCGCUGCGUUUGCCAAAGUGACAUUUCUCUGUACAUGUGUUUCUAUGUGACUGACGGAAUAAAAGUGUAUUUUUUUUCUCAA